AUGAGAAUUUGGGUGGCUUCUCUGAUAUUCUACGGGUCGGUUUUUGCACUUUGUGAAAUUUUUCGAUUUCUGGUCAUCAAAUCGUUUGAUAAUCCGAAACGAUUAUCUGCACUUUUGAUUUUAGAGUUUAUCGGAACCCUUCAAAUAUGCGUCCCGAUGUUCGAUGUAGGCACAAUUCUAGAAAAUUACGGACUGCUCGGAGUUUUCGUGGAGAUUACUGUAAUCGAGUUGGCAAAUUGUUAUUUUCAACGUGACGCCGUUGCUCAUCCGUGUCCAUUGGUAACCAACUGCUACCGUAGAAGCAAAGCGAUCCGUCGGGGUGUUUAUGUGUUUUUGGUGCAAUUGGCUGCGGCAUAUCUCUCAUAUUUCGUCGCCAGAUUGUUCUGGAACAUUGGUGUUCAUCCCGUCCAUUUGGAGCUUCUUGAUCAGGACUCUUGCACUUCUGAUCUUACUGUAGCCAUCACAACCGGUUGCAUUAUCGAAGGCGCGGCCACAUUUCUGGCAAAAUGGUUCGAAAAAUUUGUAGAUCAAAGAUAUGACGGGGAUACGAAGCUGUGCUCCAUUGCGAAUUGCGUUUUUUCGGGUCUUUUAUGUGCAAUUGGAAUCAACUACACUGGAAUGUACGCGAACCCGAUCGUCGCGUGGGCUUGUACCUUCAAUUGUUUGGGUGUCUCCCAUGCCGGACACCUUUUUGUCUAUUGGCUCAGUCCUUUUAUCGCCUGGUAUUUUGCUGAAAUUGUGUUCGGGUCGGAAGAUGUGAUUGAAGAGGAGGAAGAACCUGUGAAGGAGGCAAAGAAGACUGAUUAA